AUGAUUACUCAGCGUAGACAGGCGAGGGCCCUGCUGGGCCUUGAGGCCAGUUCCUCCUCCGAGGAGCUCCUCAGGGCUCACUACCAGGUGCUGAAGACCCUCCGUGAGGGGGGCUUUGCUCCUGUCAAGUUGGCCAAGCACCUGCUCACGGGCACCCUCGUGGCUAUAAAGGUGCUUGACAAGUUGGACAGCCUCUACUUCACAGAGGAAUUGCAAAUUUUCAAACUUGUAGAGCACCCACACAUAGUGAAGCUCUAUGAAGUGGUGGAAACAAUGGAGCGUCUGUACAUAGUGAUGGAGUACAUGGAUGGAGGAGACCUAGUGGACCAUGUGCAAAAGGUGGGCAGGCUGGAGGAGGAGGAGGAGGCCAGGACUCUGUUUAAACAGAUCCUGAGGGCGGUCAAAUACUGCCAUGACAAUGGAAUUGCUCAUAGAGAUAUAAAACCAGAAAACGUCCUGCUGAAUAGCACAGGAACAGCCAAGUUAUGUGACUUUGGGUCAAGUACCCGAUUUCUGCCCGGGCAGGACCUUGAUGGGGAGUGCGGCACUAUGACCUACUGGGCUCCUGAGUUGUUCAAGCAGCGUAGAUACCAGGGCCCCAAGGUGGAUGUCUGGGCCCUGGGGAUAUUACUUUAUUUUAUGGUGAUGGGCAACGUGCCCUAUAAAGGAAGAUCAUGGACUGUUCUGCGAAUUCAAGUUUUACAAGGAAAAUUCAACUUAAGAAAAUCCUGUUCUCCUGAACUCCGAGGAUUGCUCAUGUAUCUUAUGAGGGAGAAUCCUAAGAAGAGGCCAACCAUCAGGCAAGUACUACGCCACCCCUGGCUAAAUCAAACACCAACAUCACCAGCAGCCUCACCGAUCCCUAGCCAGCAUCAUCUGAUCCAGCCGGACCCUAGAAUCAUUCACAUCAUGGUCUCGUAUAUGGGCUUCAAUAGGAGGCUGGUGUGGGCAGCCCUUUUGCGCAGAAAAUUUAACAAGGAAAGGGCUACUUACUGUAUGCUCGAGGAGCAACAAGAUCAGGCCAAAGAUGUGGCGAGGAGCCCAAUUCCUGAGUCUCCGCUUUGCCCCACGCCUGUGCAGCAGUCCCCCAAAAUAUCAUUAAAGACAGCCAGCGAGCCUGGGCACCACGGGACUGCCUGCCCGCUUGCUGAGCAGCAGCAGGAGUGUAGCAGGAAAGGCAGCAAAUCAGUGUGCCUCCACUGUCUCCUCUGGAGACUCAGCACAAUUGAAACAAGGAGGGAGACUGAGGGCAGCACGCCAAGCCCUGCUCCAGAAGUUGCAGCAACUACAUUCCCCAAGGACCAACCGACUCAGCUGAUGUCCCCAGCCCCUGAGCAGGAGAGGCGGGUGGGCAGCAGGGCUGAUUCCCUCCCCCAGAUUUUGUAUAACACGUGGACAAGGAGUAAAAAAGGGGAGAAGGGUCUCAGCUCGGCUGCCCCAGGCCCAGAAGGGUCAACCCCGAAGGACCCAGGGGACACAGUGGACAGCAGUAAGCUGCCCUCAAUAACAUGGGUAAUAGAAAUAUCCAACUGGGGCCCAGAGGCAGAGGGGGAGGGCAGCACCCCUCCAGACCCUUGUGCUACAGAAGCACCAGCAGCAGAAAUGGCCCCCAGGGGCCCAAAGGCACAGAGGGAGGGCAGCACCUCUCCCACCCCUCAUCCUGCAGAAACACCAGCAGCAGAAAUGGCUGCCCAGGGCCCACAGUCACUGGGGGAGGGCAGCAACCCUCCAGCCCCUUGUGCUGCAGAAGCACCAGCAGCAGAAAUUGCCCCCAGGGGCCCAGAGGCACAGAGGGAGGGCAGCACCCCUCCCACCCCUCCUCCUGCAGAAACACCAGCAACAGAAAUGACUACCCAGGGCCCAGAGUCAGAGGGGGAGGGCAGCACCUCUUCUAUCCCAGGUCCUGCAGCCAAUAGAAGAGCCAAGAUCUGGAAGCGACUCAAGAAAAAUACUAUGAAUUGUUUCUCGAUAUUGUGUUACUGCUGCCUGUAUCGCUAG